AUGGUCCAUCUUAACUGUCAGAUUGAUUGGAAGGAGGAGUUGCUAAAGGGUAAAUCAUGUCUAGAAAUAAAGGCUAUCAGGGAGAAGGCGAGAGCUGAAACAAUUGCAGAAAAUAUCAAAUUACAAAGAUGGGCAGUAUUCACUCGCUCUAAGGAAGCAGCUGAAACUCAUGAAAGUAAAAUGACAAAUACUGAAGAGGUAAAUAAAGGCAUCUACUUCAGCUACCCAAGUCGACGUCACAGCUGUGCUUUGGUGAACAUCCCUUCUCCAUGUGUCAACAAGGUGAUCUCACACAUUGAAGAUAUGGACUCCAAAAUACAGGACCAUCUGAAAAAAUUUGAAACUUCAUUUGAAGAAUGGAGCAGAACAUCUGCCCCAAAAGAUGAAAAGGGAGAUUUGCGUAUCACUGAACCAAAGAAGGAAGUCCACUCUGAAGAAGCAAGGGAUGAAAAGUGUCCUGAGUUGAAGAAGGAAAUGGAAGCAUUGUUAUCAGAGGCCAUCCAUCUCAUUAAAACUCUAGAAACUGACCGGGCAGAAGCUGAGCAAGCUUUAAAACAACAAAACUCAAGAAAGAAAAGGAUCAGCAUGAAAAUUGAUUCUUGGUCCAUCUGGAAACUUCAGGAACUCCCAAGUGCUGUGCAGAAAGAACACGAAGCCUAUUUGAAGGAUAUUGUAGAACUGCGCUGCCACCUUGAAGAAAGGGCCCAAAAGCUAGAAAAGCUGGAGGGGCAGAAGGCGAUGUUGGAAGAGACGAAUGCCAUGAUCCAGAAGGACAUCGACUACAUGCAACACCAUGCACCUCUGCUGGAAGCAAAGCGGAAGCAGGAGCUCGAGGCCCUGGAGGAGUGCUACCAUAAAAAAACUGAGGCAGUGGAGUUAUUUAAACGAGUUCAUGAAGAGCUUGAAGAUUCUAUAGAGGAUUAUGAAAAUGUCAAAACAAAGCUUAAACAACUGAAAGAAGAAAGUGAAAAAGACCUUUGUGAAGAUGAAACAAGCAUAGACACUUACAAGAAAGAGAUCAAUACCCUUAGCAGUGUUCAGGCUCACUACUCAACAUCCAUAGAAGAUGUGACUGUCCACAUUGAUGAGGAUGAAGGCACAAUGACUGAAGUAUUGCGGGAAACACAGAGUACAACAAACAAACUCACUUCUUUACAGAGAACAGCAGAUGAUCUGAAGAGGAUGUUUGACCAAUAUUCCUGGAAGCAGAAAAACCUUGAAAAGAAGUACUUAGAAGCACUCAAUAAUUAUUAUGUUGCAAAAAAAUCAUGGGAUAUUGAGCUUGCCGAUGUUUCAAAGGACUUGACAGCUGUUUCAACAGUUUAUCUGGCACUCAGAGAAGAAAAUAAAAGGCUUUUAGCUGAAAUUGACGACGUAACAGAGCAAGUCAGUGAAAGCAUAAAGAAAAAAGUAGAGUAUGAGUCUGAAAUUCAGUCUUUGCUGGAAAUGAAGAUAAAGAAUAAAAGUUACCUCAAACAAUUCUACAAGCAGGCUUAUCACAUCGGCGCCAUUUACCACAUAGCUAAACAUAAGACAGAUGAUAUUGAAGAUCAAAUAGCAGAAGUGAGAAGACAGUUCAAGGGUAGAGAAGAAUUCCUGAAGAAGCGGACGCGAGGUAAAAUGGCUGCUGGAAUAGAAAUUCAGAAAAGACUGUAUUCCAUUGAAGAUUCCCAGUUCACCGAGAUGCAGAAUUUCUUAAGAAGGAAAGCUCUUUUUACCCUGGCUCUGUUGGAAAUAGAGCUCCCUCUGCGCCAGAUUGAGGCAGAUGCCAUGAGAAUAAAAAUUCUCCACAGAGAACACUCUAAUCAACUUAAUGAGAUGCGCCAGAAGAAAGAACUUGUUAAAAAAAGGGUAGAAGCAACCAAUAAAAAAUUACGAAGAAAGGGUAAAAAAUCACUUAAGGAACUCACAAAAACUGAGGGCAGACGGUCAUUAAUUCAUCAAGAAAUCGAGUCAAAUAGAAGCAAAACAAUUUUUUUUAAUGCAAAAAGCCAAGCGCUGAGUAAGGAAUUGAGACCAAUGAGACUGGAAAAGAUAAAUUAUGAGGAAAAACUGGAAAAGUUAAAGGAAGAGUUUACUUCGAUAAAAUUUAAGAAAGAACACGCACAAGAAGUAUUUGACCAUUUCAUGAGAGAGAAGCAAUUCUGCGAGGAGAGGCUCUCUGAGGAAGAUCGCAGGUUUCAGAAGCUCAUGGCCUUGAGGCAAAACACUCUGGCAAACAUUCGAAAACUACAAGAUGAUUCACUGAAAGAAAAUCUACGCUUAGCUCAAGAGUAUCAGAAGAUGCAGAUGAUUUUCUUAAAAGAAAAGGAGACUUACUUCAGUGGGUACAGCAGAUGGCUGUCCCUCAGUGCUUCCAUCUGCGAUAAGAAACAGAUCUGUGAGCUGCAAAGAAGGAUGGACAAGCAGUGGCAGGAGUACUCCCGGCUGGUGAUCCUCUUUUACCAGAACAGGCUGGCCAAGUUCCAGAGCGAGUCUCAAGAGGGCGUUCAGAAAAUAUUAGCUGUGCAGGAAGAAUCUUCAUAUUUAAUACAAAACAUCGUAGACUUCUUCCAAACUUUGACAGAUGGUCCAUGCGAAAGCGAUGGUUAAGUAAACAACCAAUGUGUCUUGGAUGCUGAAAGAAAAGACAAGAAAAGUCACACAGUUCAGAUAACAGUGUAAUUGGACAUUCACCUGUUUGCCAUUUCACACUUCCAUGGACGAAAAACCCACUCACCUCCCAGCAUGCUUUGCCACUCUCUUACUUACAGCAAAUCCAUAACAAUGAAACAGGUGACUUUCAUGCCGCUGUCAGGAACGAUCUAAUUUCAGCUCUGGGUGACUGAUUGCAAUUGGCUUUGCCUCAUCUGAUAAUUAAUCUAUGUCACCAUUAAUUGGAAGAGAGAAUAAUUACUAGCGGUGUUGACAGUGACUGUUCGCUUCCCCAGAUUUCCCCAUCGUGUUGGCCCAAAUAAAGGCUUUGCGAUUCAGUACUUAAAGUUUGUGUAAACUGUAACAAUGUCUAUACCCAUGUGAGACUCUCAGACACUCUGUCUAAUGCACUUUUGUUUUUCUGUUUACCAGUCUUUUUUUAGCUCACUGAGAGCUGUCUCUCUCAAUCACUCCUCAAUGUUCUAUCUUAAUUUUGUGGAAGUUUAAAGUUUUCAAUGAGCUGGAGAUGAAUGAUUAAUGAAUAAAUUUAAAUGCUUCAUUUUGUCCA